UGGCAGACACUCAGAUGCCCCCCAUUCCUCUACAAACUCACACACUCUCUCUCCUCCGCCGAUCUUCUUCUCUCUCUCUCUUCCACUCUCCCCAACCCAAAGAAAAACACACAAUGGCCUCACCAACGCUCGUAACUCCCACCUCACAGCCCAAACCCCUCUCUUCUUUCAAACCCAAAUCUUUACCCAUCACCGCGUCCUCCACCACCGGUGCCGGAAGUUCAACAGUUCCAUUCCGCCGGCGGGAGUUCUUAUCACUCGUGGCUGCCGGAAGUGUAUUUCCGGCGCUGAUUUUCCCGAUCAGACCGGCUCUGGCGGGUUCGGAUGAUGAGUACGUGAAAGAGACUGAAGAGGUUAUCAGCAAGGUGAGAAACACCAUUAGUAUGGACAAGAAAGAUCCGAAUGUGGCGGCGGCGGUGACGGAGCUGAGAGAGACGUCGAAUUCUUGGGUGGCGAAGUAUAGAAGGGAGAAAUCCUUAUUGGGCCGGGUCUCGUUUAGGGACAUGUAUUCGGCCCUUAAUGCUGUUUCUGGACAUUACAUUAGUUUCGGCCCAACAGCCCCAAUUCCAGCUAAGCGAAAGGCUAGGAUUUUGGAAGAGGUCGAAACUGCCGAAAAGGCCCUUUUAAGAGGCAGGUGAACAUAAAAUAUUUCAACGCAAGCGAUUUUUUCUCUUUUUCUUUUUUGUGCU